UUUAUAUCAGUGCGUAUGUACGUGACGAAAAUUAAACGAUAUAAACUCUCGAUAAAAUAAUAAAUAUGACAAUAAUCACAGCCAUCCUUGUCUCGUGGACUGCGUGGAUCUUCGUUACGCUGGCGCAUUCAUCCGAGGGGCGACAAGCGAGGAAUCUAUUACCGGGAACGUUGGGUCACCAUCACGACGCCGAUUUACCCCGAUUUGCCGAGGAAAUUCAAAAUGUGACAGUAAGCGUGGGACGUGAUGCUCUGCUUGCUUGCGUAGUGGAUAACCUACGACAUUAUAAGGUGGCCUGGGUGCGCGUUGACACACAAACUAUAUUGUCGAUUCAUCAGAAUGUAAUUACUCAGAAUCCACGAAUUUCGCUAACAUACAAUGAUCAUCGUUCAUGGUAUCUUCAUAUAAAGGACGUACAGGAAGUGGAUCGCGGAUGGUACAUGUGCCAGGUGAAUACGGAUCCAAUGAAAAGUCGUCAAGGCUACGUACAAGUUGUAGUACCACCCUCGAUCAUUACUAAAGAGACCAGCACUGACAUGGUGGUCCGUGAAGCUUCUAACGUGACAUUGACGUGUAAAGCGACCGGAUAUCCGGAGCCUUAUGUCAUGUGGCGGAGGGAAGAUGGCAAGAACAUAAAUUAUAAUGGCGAAAGUGUGAAUGUAGUGGAUGGUGAAGUGCUGCAUAUCGUGAAGAUAAGCCGCCUUCACAUGGGCGCUUAUUUAUGCAUAGCUUCGAAUGGUGUUCCACCAUCCGUGAGCAAGCGAGUUUCGCUGCGUGUACAAUUUCCACCCAUGCUUUCAAUACCAAAUCAAUUGGAAGGAGCCUAUAUUGGACAAGACGUAACUCUUGAAUGUCAUACUGAAGCUUAUCCAAAUUCUAUAAAUUAUUGGACAACAGAACGCGGUGAUAUGAUAGUGUCUGGCAAUUCUGUUUCAGGUGAUAAGUAUGAGGCGGUAUCGACCGACAGCGGUUACAACAAGUACAUGAUGCUAAAGAUAAGAAACGUAGGUCCGAAAGAUUUUGGUUCAUAUAAAUGUGUCGCACAAAAUUCUCUUGGCGGAACAGAUGGCGACAUCAAAUUAGAUGAAAUUCCAGCUCCAUCGACCACGUCUACAACACAGUCGCCAUAUCAUGCAACGUCACCGCACAAAAAUGGUAGGAAAGGUAACCAGAAAUCACGACCACGACCUAUCGACUACGAGGUCGAGGAAUGGCGAAAUCCAGACUACGAUAGGGACUACGGCCCGGCGUCAAUGAGGCCACCGGGCGAGUUGCCGGACAUCCAGAGCCCGGGCGUGUCUCAUCGAGCGCAGUUCGUUCUUCAUCUCUCUCUCAGCCUCCUGUCAUUGCUGCUUCCGGCUAUCAGAAGGUGAUUCUCACGUCGCGGGAACGGGGCUUCCAGUUCUAGUGUUUAUUGGUCGGUGAUCGGACCGGAGACGGCCGGUGCGCGCGCGGUUACCAGUUUCCGGUACGCCGUCUCCGGGCAAGUGAUGGACGAGUGUGACGAAGCGGGCCGCGCUUAUAUAAAAUUAUUUUCAUACUAAAACUAAACUUAUACAAAGAGAGAAAGGGCAAAGAGAAAAGAUAUUAUAUAUAUAUAUAUAUAUAAUAUGAAUAAUAUAUAUAUAAAUAUGAAUAUAUAGUAUGUCGUGUAAGUAUGCGGUUUAGGCUUUCUGGACUGAUUGGCGCUCGUGUGUCACUGAAUCGUGUCGUUCUUCUCCUGCAAUUAGUUCUUUUAUAUGGACGAGACUUCUCGCGUUUGAAAAAAAAUUUUUUUUUAAUGUAUCGCAUAUAUAUAUAUCGAGAAAAACGUCCCGUCAUUUGUUAAAUAUUUUUAGAAAUUGGAAUGCACUUAAUCCGCGGAAAAAAUAUCGAGAUUUUUCGCUGUAAAAUUAGGUCAUCUCAAGAUACUGAGAAUUACUGCCUGAUGUAUCUGCCUCUCCUUUUCUACUAAUCGAAGAGUAUUAGAUUAUAAAAGAGCUGUGAAUAUAUCUCUCGAAUACAGAUACAUACAUCGAUGAACACUUAUGCGCGACUUCAACGAAAUUAUUCUGAUAUGAAUCUCCAUAAAUUUCCUUCACACAUAGCUCUCAAAAAUAUCUCGAUCCACCAUUGGUUGUCUAUUGAUGUAACGUUUUACUCGAUUAGACGAAACUUACUCUCUUCAUGUAUUUUUCACUCAUUUAUCGAAUUCCGAUAUGCAGUGUGAAACGGUCAUAUACUUUAGCCGUAACUUACGAAACUGAUCUCCCCUUUUCCAUAAUUAUUAUAAAUGCUAUUUAAUCGUUUUUUUUUUGUUUUUUUUUUUAAGUCCUCGCGAAAAUUUUGAUAUACUUUCUCACGUUUUUAUAUCACGAGGGAAACACGAGAGAGAACUGUAUUCAGUAAAUAUAUAUAUAUAUAUAUAUAUAUAUAUAUAUAUAUAUAUA